AUGCCAGGCCUCAACGACUCCUCAGCGGUACUGAGGGCUGAGUAUCAGUCUCCGACGGGCUCUAAGGACUUUCAGCACGCGAUAUCUGCCCCGGCCUCUCAGGAUACGAAGCCUCUCGAUACACGGGCGAAGACGAAAUAUCUGUCCGAUCUUCGAGCCUCCAGCAGGAAAUUACAAGAGGAUAUCAACAAGUUCCUCACAGAGAAAAUGGAGGAAGAUAAGAAAGCUCAGGGCCAGGUCACCACGAAAGGCACGUCAAACCAGAAGGCGGAAGAGGAGCUCGAGGAAGAAACCUAUGGUGAAGAAGCUCCAGAGGACGAUUCUUGA